AUGGAACAAAGAUCUAUCCAUCGGGAUCACGGAGAUUUACAUUUCUUUUCAAAUGAAGAAUCGUCUUCUUCAAAUAUUCCCUCAAAUGUUUAUGAAUAUUUUCAAUUAGUUGAAGAUGGAAAAUUUCCAUUUUUCAACAAUACACAAGUUCAUGUUUCUGCUAUGAAAAAUUCUGCUGGGGAAACUUUGUUGAAUGCAGCAGCACGUCUUGGACAUCACGAAAUUGUUGAAAGACUUGUUGGGGAUAUUGAUGUUGAAGAAACUGAUUAUGAUGGAUGGACAGCUUUGUUAAAUGCUUCACAUCAUGGAUUUGCUGAUAUUGUUAGAACUUUGUUGAAUGCUGGGGCUUCUAUUGAAAAUCCAGAUUUGAUGGGUUGGACUUCAUUAAUGUGGGCCUGUUAUAAAAAUCGACCCGAAGUUGUUGACGUACUUAUUGAAUUUAAAGCUCAUGUAAAUAUUGUCGGAGAAGAGGAUGGACUUACACCUUUAAUUAUUGCUUCAGGAUUUGUUGAAUUAGUUCCAAAAUUAUUAGAAGCUGGAGCCCAAGUAAACACUAGUGACAAAUUUGGAAGUACAGCUUUAAUUUGGGCAGCAAGAAAAGGGCAUCUUCAAAUUGUUCAAUAUCUUUUAAAUUCUGGGGCUGAAUUGGAUGCUGUUGGAAUGCAAGCUUCGAGUGCUUUAAUGCUUGCUACACGGGGAAAUUAUAUUCCGGUUGUUGAGGCAUUAUUGGCACGUGAACCUAAUGUGAAUAUUGUUGAUUAUAAUGGACUUUCUGCACUUGGUAUUGCAGCUAGAGAAGGCUACACGGAAAUAGCUGCUUCAUUACUUCAAUCCGGUGCUUUUGUUAAUACAGUUGAUCGUUUUGGUAAUUCAAUUUUGGCUAACGCUGUUCGUUCUGGAAAUAUAAAUUUGGUCCGUAUGCUUUUAGAAAGACAUGCUGAUGUUAAUGCUAAAGAUUCUGAGGGGAGAACACCUCUACAUUUGGCUAUCGAUAAAAAUUAUUCAGAUAUUGUUUUGGCUUUACUUGAAAAGAAGCCCAAUUUGGAAUUAAAAAAUCGAGAUGGUGAUACUGCUUUACUUAGAGCUAUUAAAAAUCGUGAUGUUCAAGUUUCUCAAUUAUUAGUUAGUAUGGGAGCAAAAUUAAGUACAACAGAUAAUGCUGGAGAUAAUGCUCUUCAUUUGGCACUUAGAGCUCGUUCUCGCCGUCUUACUCAAAUUUUGCUGGUUAACCCGUCAGAUUCAAAACUGCUUUAUCGACCUAAUAAAUUAGGUGAAACACCUUAUUCAAUAGACCAAGAAUCACCCCAGCCAAUAUUGCCAACAAUAUUUGGUCCAUUUGGAACAGAAGUUGAUUUGAAAAGUCUCUUAGGAUUUGAUUCAUAUGGAGAUGUAAUUGCUGAUGUUGUUUGUGAACCAAAUCUUUCUUUACCUUUAACAAUUGGUCUUUAUGCAAAAUGGGGAUCUGGAAAAUCAAUAUUAUUAUCUCGAAUUAGAAAUUCAAUGAAGUCUUUUUCUCGAACUUGGCUAGAUGGAAUUGAAUUAUAUUGGAGUUGGAGCCUAAUUUUAAUUGUUCUUUUAAUUUCUGCAUUAAUUACUUUAUUGAGUGCAGCAUUAUUUUCUAUUGUACAAGAAGGGAAUGAAUUAUUUUUUUCUCUUGGUGUUGGAUUGGGAAUGUUUUUAUUAUUUUUAUGUGCUUAUAGUUUUAUUUAUUAUGGAAGCGAGGUCCGUCUUUGGAACGGUUCAAUUUCUGCUGCACGUUUAUUAGCGCGAACUUUUGCUCGUUUUAAAUUAAUGCUUUCUGUUCUGACUUUGAAUGCUCCAACACGUGGAACAGAAAAAGAAAUUCAUGAAAAAAAGUUAAUAUCUCCAGUCAGUUUUCUUUUUGCUGACAAUCAUCGACUUUCUUUUAUUGGUGGAGAACAAGCAUUGGCUAAUAUUGUUCAAUCAUUAUUUGUAGCUGCUGAAGAGCAUUAUGGAACACUUGCUGUUCGUUUAUUUACAAGUUUUAAACAAUAUCAAAAUGCGGAAAAUAGUUCUAAACUUCAAAGUAUUUGUGGAAUUCCUGUUUUAUUAAUUAUUUUAAUGUUUCCUCUUUCUUUGGCAAUAUCCUCUCUUUUAUUUAUUCAAAAUCAACAUUUGGCUGCUUCUGUUUUUAUUGCUUUUAGUGUUAUUUCUGGAACUGUUUUACUUUAUGUUUUGAGUAUUAGAUUAAUUAUUAAUUUGCACAGAAUUGCUCGUAUAAUAAACAGAAUUCACCUUCAACCAUUCGAACGAAUGUUACAAAAAUUGCAAAAAGAAGUUGAUUUACUUGUUUCUUUGGUAACAACUCUUGACGCUUUUAUAAAUAGUCAAACAAGACUAGUAAUAAUGGUAGAUGGUUUGGAUAGUUGUGAACAAAAUAAAAUGGUUCAAUUAUUGGAUGCAUUCAAUUUAUUUUUUUGUUCUCGUCAAAAUGCUCCAUUUGUUGUUUUACUUGCUUUAGAUAGAAAUAUAGUAAUUUCUACAAUUCAACAAAAUUUGCGUUCUUCUGGUUCUGAAAAUGAAAUAACUGGACGGGAUUAUUUAAAGAAUAUUGUUACAAUGUAUAAUAAAUAA